GUGAGGUCACGAAGGAGGUUUCCCUCCUCCCCUCUCUGCCCUUACUGCUGUCCGACGGACAUGCGCGGCUGGGUUUGUCUCCUCCAACCCCUUCGGGAUUACUGCCACGCAAAAUCUGAAUCCGGCUGGACCACCUGACCACGUUCGCCCCUCGACCCGCCUGUGCCGGCCGCCCUGACGAUCCCAGAUUAGCUGUGUUGGAGCAGAGGCUGAGUGUUUGCGAUCUUUUGUUCUGGAUCGUGGAAUAUAAUCCACUGUGGCAUCCGGAUUGUCGUUGCGCGUUAGGGCAGUGCCGAGGUCUAGAAACGUGACGCUCGGAUUUGGUCCCGGUUCGGACUUGUUUGAUUGACAGUCAGCAUUUGCGGAGCCCCUCCCUCGUUGGGGAAGAAACCCCGUUUUGCAAUGAUGACUGCUCGACUGAAGGAUCAGUUUGAAAACUUGGAGAAACACACUCAGUGGGGGAUAGACUUCGUCGAGCGCUACACCAAAUUUGUCAAGGAGCGAUCCGAGAUCGAACUCAACUAUGCAAAGCAGAUCAGGAACCUGUCAAAGAAGUACCAGCCCAAGAAGAGCAGCAGGGAGGAAGAGGAGAGCAAGUACACGUGGUGCCGGGCGUUCCUGGCGUCGCUGAAUGAGCUGAAUGACUACGCCGGUCAGCAUGAGCUCAUCGCCGAGAACAUGACGUCACAGAUCAUCGCCGAGCUCACGCGCUACAUACAGGACCUCAAAGCAGAGAGGAAGACUCACUUCCAUGAUGGACGCAAGGCCCAACAGCACAUUGAGAACAGCUGGAAACAGCUGGAGCUGUGUAAGCGGAAUUUUGAAAGAGCUUGUAAAGAGGCUGACCGAGCACAGCAGUACUUUGAGAAAAUGGAUGCUGACAUCAACGUGACAAAGGCAGACGUGGAAAAGGCAAGGCAGCAAGCUCAGCUGAGACACCAUAUGGCAUCCGACAGUAAGAACGAGUAUUCCAGUUACCUGCAGAAAUUUAACCAGGAGCAGACCGAACAUUACCACACACUCAUCCCCAACAUCUUUCAGAAGCUCCAGGAGAUGGAGGAGCGGAGGAUUGAGCGGGUGGGUGAGUCCAUGAAGACGUUUGCGGAGGUGGACCGACAGAUUCUGCCCAUUGUGGGGAAGUGUCUGGAUGGCAUUACCAAGGCAGCGGAGGGCAUCGAAUCCAAGACUGACUCGGCACAGGUGGUGGAGUCGUACAAAUCAGGCUUCGAGCCGCCUGGCGACGUGGAGUUUGAAGACUAUGGUCAGGCAAUGAAGAGGACAGUGUCAGAGAACAGCCUCACCAAGCCAGAUAAGCCAGACAAGUCUGUAAAGGGAAAGAGCAAGCUGUUCUUCUUCAAGAAGAACAAGCUUAUGUCCCUGUUAACGUCCCCUGCACCUCACCAGCCGCCCCCAGAGCCCCCUUCACCUUCUCCUGUGACCCCUGACCCCUGCCCUGCCCCCCAGACCCCCAAACAGCCCAAGGAGGCCCUCUCGCACCGUUUCAACGAUCUCAUGACCUCCAAGCCCAAAAUGCACUGCCUCAGGAGCCUGCGUCGCGGGUCUCCACAGUCUCUUCACUAUCAUAAAGAGCUGAUGAAGAGGACACUAGGCCGGCCUACUUAUGCUUUCGAGGCCAGGCAAUAUGUCCUCUCUCUCAAGCUGAUCUCCCUCAAUGUCCACGUGCGGAACUUCAUUGAGGGGGUGAACCCAGAGGACUGCAGCCAUCUGCCCCCGGAGCAGCGCAGGAAGAAGCUACAGGCCAAGAUCGACGACAUCAGUAAAGACAUCCAGAAAGAGAUGGACCAGAGGGAUGCGUUGACUAAAAUGAAGGACGUGUAUGUAAAGAACCCCCAGAUGGGUGAUCCCAGCAGUGUGGACCCCCGCCUGGCUGAGAUCGCCCAACACAUCGACAAACUACAGACUGAACUGCAGAAAUUUGAGGGUUGGUUAGCCGAGGUGGAGGGCAGGAUGCCAGUGAGGAGUGAGCCCACAAACAGACAGAGCAGCGUGUACGAUAGACAGAGCAACACACCACCAGCCAACAACAACUGUGCUCAGGACCGCGAGAGUAGUCCGGAUGGUAGCUAUACUGAGGAGCAGAGCUCUGAGGUCCAGACUAAGGUUCAGACCGAUACGGAGUUUGAUGACUUUGAUGAUGCUGAGGAGGACCUGCUGCCCACUAUCGGAACCUGCAAGGCACUCUACCCAUUUGAAGGUAACAAUGAGGGUACGCUGACUCUGGCUGAGGGGGAGGUGCUCUUCGUCAUCGAGGAGGACAAAGGAGACGGCUGGACGCGCGUCCGCCGGAACGAGGAAGAGGAGGGCUACAUCCCAACGUCCUACGUCGAGGUCUUCCUCGACACCAACACCAAAGGUCUCUAUAUGUGGGGUUAGGGGUUGUAACUGACAUACAACCCCUUCAUGAGGAUUCCUAGAUGCCAAGGUGAUCUGGAUGUGACCGUGCAUGGAUGAAACACCACUCUUUAAUCGAGAGAGUGAGAGAGAGAGUGAGAGAGAGACGCGACGAUGGUGAUGAUGGUGAUGCUGAAGGACAAUGAGGAAGAGGGUGGAGCAGUCUGACUGAGUCUGCUGCAGAGAGUAUCUGAACCAUGCAGUCAAUCAGAGAAAAGUGCAAAAUUGUCCAAUCCAAACGUAUUGCCCAUUUCUGUCGUUUUUACAAUAAGGUCAUUUUUUUUCUUACAUUAUUUAAUUUUGCCUCUUUGCUAUGCACUCGUACUAACCGCGAUAAUUGUGCAUUUCUGUCUGUAUGUGUUGCCUGCUGGCUUACUCACGCCCAGCCUCCUCCCUGUGCCCAAAUGCCCAAUCAGAAGCUGUGGUUGUGGUCUGAAAAAGGAACUAGUUAGUCGCCUUUAGUAGGUGGCCCCGCACCCCCAGUACCGCCCCCUGGACUUCACUCUCCCCUCAGGCUCACUCUUUGCCCUGGUUGCUCAGUGCAUUGUGGGUACACUGCCAACAGAACGUCAUCGGAACGUUCUGGAAGUGGAACUCUCAGGUGCUUUCUGUUGAAUCGUAAACUCUAGUCACACACUCACUCUGACAUUACAGAUGUCGUUAACUCAAACGUAUGCGUGUGCGCGUGUGUACGUGUGAGUGCUCGUGCGUGACUGCAUGUGCAAGUGCAUGCAUGUGUGCACGUGUGCGCGCCCUUAGUUUGGGUUUAGCAAUGGCACAGAGGUCGCAGCUCCACCUCCCAACUUCACCCACCCCACCCAUCCCCUUAUGUCCUUCCUCAGACCACACCCCUCGUACGUAACAGCUGCUGGCUUCUGGCUUCCAUGAGUGCCUGUCAGAGCUCGGGGCUGGGCUUCCCCUGCCAGCAGCCUACAUGUGACCCCUGACCCCUCCUGCCCCACGCCGACACGGUUGGGCUGCUCCCGUCCAUUAACUUGCAAACGGUGCAAAUGAAAACAUCUGCUCUCAGAAUGCUAGUUCCAUCUGCCAUGUCCAUAUUUUCUCACGGUCCUGCUCGUCCAUGUCCCCGUAUUCAGGGUCCUUCCUUGCCUCCGUCUCCUGUGUGCUUCUCUCCGUUGCCCUUCGGACUGGGGCUCACGUCUCACAGACGUCUCACAAACGUCUCAAACGUGGGCGGUAGGUGCGUCACAUUAAGUUAAACAGCAACAGCUGUUCAUUUGUGUUUUGAAGUGAGCUUUUUUUUUCCCUUCCACUGUCUCUAUCGCAGGCCUGCGUGGCCUCCUGGGGCAAGAGAACCCUCUGUGUUUCUGCUUCCCCACUCCAUACCAGUCUGCUGCAUACCAGUCUGCUGCAUACCAGUCUGCUUCACCUUUUUUUAACCUUUCAAAUCCAAAUGAACAUAAUGAACUGGACAGCGCUCCUAUGCAAACCGCGUGGUUUAUAUACACUGAUGUUCCUGAGGGUGUAGUGAGUUUAAAGGCUAAUUAGUGAAAUACAGCAGCUCCGCAUGCCUGGCGGUGCUUGUGACCUGGUGGUGUUGCCAUGGUUGCACCACCAGUUGUAGUAGAGGGAGAGAGAAAACCCCAAAUACACUGUGGCUCUGUUCCUUAAUCUGCAGUACGUGCAACCGUGGCUCGAUUGUGAUUUCCUUCUAGGCUUCUCUCUGGGUUUCGUUUCACCUUUUUUCUGUUUUGCUUUGUAUGUUGUCUAAAAAAAAGUGACGUUUAAUAUCAUGAGAAUCUCCACUGACUACUCAUUCUGCUUUCUAUGGCACAUAGUUUAUUUUAAAGUUUUGUUUUUUAACUCUUACAUUCUUUUACAUUCAUUAUAGAUCAUAGAUAGGUUUUAGAUUUUUUAAAAUUAUUUUUUACCUGUUUUUCUUCUACUGAAUGAUUAAAUUGCACCUGUUUUUGGCCCUUUAAAAAAACCCACCGUGGCACCGUUGAAACUAUAGCCAGGUCAAAACAAACCAAACAACAACAACCCAACCUUGUUAUUCAUCGUUUUCCUUUAAGAAGUUCUGUUCUCGCUGUAGCCCGAAUGACCCAGCCUGCAUCUUGCCUUCGCUUACUGCUGGUGAUCUUUGGGACGAGAUGCGUUGUAAAUAUGAAGGGCAGUCGCACAGCCGGAGGAGACGGCCGCGGUGCCUCACGAACGCGCGCGCCCGCCCGCGCGCUCUGACGCCCAAACGCGAGCCACGCGCGGGCAGGUCUCCUGGGCACGCGCCCUUCCCCUCCUCUGGCGCUGUACUAACAGACACCUGCAGGGGGCGCCAGCACCACUACGCCACUCCCAAUCAUAUAAAUAUAUAUAUAUAAAUAUAUAAAUAUAAAUCUAUAAAUUAGAGAAACCUACGAAUCAAUUGAUAGAAAAUCUAUUUUUAAGGGUUUUACUAAAAAUAAUUGUAUUGGCUCUGAUAAGCAAGUAAACGUUUUUGUUGUUGUUUUUUUUUCUGUCCUGUCUCCUUUGGUGAUGUCUGCCAAAUGGUGUUUUUUGCACUUUCUGUUUGUUUGUUCGUGUUAUAUUUGUAACGCUUGUUUCGUUGCACUGAAAACUUCGUAUUGUGUUUACUGUGCCAAUUAAACACAGGAAAGAAC